GCCAUUCCUUUCCUUAUACCAAAAGGCCUCGCAGGCCAAGUCCGAACCAAAUUACCAAAAAGUACACACAAUAUAAAUAAUUCCAGGCAUUUGCAAAUCAACUAGUCCCACAUUAAGCUUCUCUAAAUAUCUUCUUUCUUUAUUCCCUUUAAUUUUCUCUACUUCUUGUUGUUAUUCUUCAAAGAUGUCAAGCAACGGAGUCUUUACCAGCUGUGAAGUAUGGCAGGAAGGCAGUGAACUUGCCGAUGACAGUUCCCCGACAAAACCCGAGUUCUUGAUCGAUAUGUAUGCUCAAUAUUCAAGGUACCCUCCAAGCUUCCACGAGUUCAAGGAGCAAUGCCACAUUCUAACAGAGAGCAUAACAUCCUGGUCUGUGAUAUCCAACAUGCUUUCGCAGGCGUCGGUUCCCCACCAAGUUCAGCCGUCCAUGAUCCAGGUGAUUUCUACUCGCGCUCGUGAAAUCGCCAGUCAUCCUGAGAACAUGAACCGCAAGACUAUUCGGAUGGUAGUGCAUCGUACAAUUGGUGAUUAUAUGUUGCAGUUUGUGCGGACAAAAAGUACAUCGAUUGAGGAGUUGGAGAGAGUUAAAAUCGAAGGCUGCGGGAAGCAAUGUGUUAUAUGUUUGGAAGAGAUGCAGUGUGGUUCUGAAGCGAUUCGCGUGCCUUGCUCGCACGAGUAUCACGAGAGUUGCAUAGUGAAAUGGCUGAAGAUGAGUCUCCUCUGUCCGCUGUGCCGGUUUGAGAUGUCUGCCAAUCCUCAUGAUAAAUUAUUUGUAGCUAGUUUUUAGAAAUUCUUUGUACAAAAAUGUGAUCAAACUCUUAUCAGAUUAUUAAA